AUGGAGCAUGAUGAAGACACAGUUAUGGGUGACGUGGGAUCUCACCACCCCCUUCUUCCUCCUUCUACUACUACUACUCAUGUACACCCAGCAAGUGAGGAGGACAGCAGACAGACAGCUGCUGCUGCAUAUCUGAAUGGCAGAUCGGAUCCAUCGCUUGCGCCAUCCAUUCUCGGGCCCUCGAUGACAGUGGCGUUACCGCCUCAACUUGGCCCUCCCUUGGCGCACGAGUCAGCUCCGGUUCUUGAUGAUAACAGGGAUGUUUCGCCUGCGAAAGGCCUCGUCAAGUCUGUGGAGUCGAGCGGCUCGACAGCUGAUGCCAGUACUAAGCCCGAUAGCAUUGUCGAGGAAAAUUCGGACUGGUCGGAUGAGGAGGUGCAGGAUGCUAUGAGCGUCGGACUCCCCAUUGCCUCUCUCCCGACAGGACUGUGCUAUGACAUCCGCAUGCGGUACCACUGUGAAGUGAGACCCCGCGACGACGCCCACCCGGAGGAUCCCAGGCGGAUAUAUUACAUCUACAAAGAACUGUGUCGAGCAGGCCUGGUAGAUGAUAAGGAGUCUUCCAGGCCGUUGGUGCCUCGGCCACUGAAGCGCAUUGACGUGCGAAAUGCCACCGAAGAGGAGAUCUGCCUGGUUCAUACCCCAGACCACUUUCUCUUUGUGGAGAGCACCCAAGGCAUGUCCGAUGAGGACCUGAUCGAAUUGGAGAAAACCAGAGAUUCAAUCUACUUUAACAAACUGACGUUCACCGCUUCUCUUCUCUCGGUAGGAGGAGCCAUCGAAACCUGUCUGGCCGUCGCCACUCGCAAGGUCAAGAAUGCAAUCGCCGUAAUCAGGCCCCCUGGACACCAUGCAGAACAUGACCAAGCCAUGGGCUUUUGCUUAUUCAACAACGUGUCCGUUGCUGCGCGCGUUUGUCAAAGGCAACUGGGGGAGAGCUGUAGGAAGAUCCUCAUUCUCGACUGGGAUGUCCAUCAUGGCAAUGGCAUCCAAAAGGCCUUUUACGAUGACCCCAAUGUCUUGUACAUGUCGCUACAUGUUUACAUGGAUGGGAAAUUCUACCCUGGAGGCAGCGAAGGCGAUCUAGAUCAUUGUGGUGCCGGCGCUGGUGUGGGAAGAAAUGUCAACGUCCCUUGGCCUACACAAGGAAUGGGAGACGGCGACUACAUAUAUGCCUUCCAGCAAGUCAUCAUGCCGAUUGCCAACGAAUUUAAUCCAGACUUAGUCAUCAUCGCUUCUGGGUUUGAUGCUGCAGCUGGUGAUGAGCUGGGUGGUUGUUUUGUCACACCAGCCUGCUAUGCCCAUAUGACCCAUAUGCUGAUGAAUCUAGCCAACGGCAAGGUCGCUGUUUGCUUAGAGGGCGGGUAUAACUUCAGAUCAAUCUCCAGAUCAGCGCUUGCAGUGACAAAGACUCUAAUGGGGGAGCCUCCUGACCGGUUAAUCUCCACCUCACCGUCAGACCUGGCAGUCCAGACGGUGAAACGCGUCGUGUCAGCGCAGUCUCAGUUUUGGCAUUGCAUGUUUCCCAAGGGUCCGCAAGACGAGAGGCUUUGGACUAACCGGCUCCAUGAUGUCAUUCGGGCUUAUCAAUCCAAGCAUCUCUUUGAUAACUACAAGCUCACCUCACUUUACAUUUACCGGAACGCCAUCUCCAAGUCAUUCGAGAACCAGGUUUUAGCCAGUCCAAAUUACUACCAACCUGUGCCUUUGAUUGUAUUCUUCCACGACCCUCCGGAUAUCAUGGGCUUGCCAAACCCAGUGACCAACAAACUAGAGGCACAUAAUUGCUGGCUGGAUUAUAUCGAAUGGGCUAUUGGCAAAGGUUACGCUGUCAUCGACGUGAACAUUCCAAAACAAGUCACGACGGAGCCUCCCUCGGCCAAAUAUGAAGACGAAGAUGAGAACCGUCCGACCGCGACAGAGGAACUGGCGGGGUACCUAUGGGACAAUUACAUCGAGCCCAACGAGGCGAAGGAGGUCUUCUUCGUUGGUAUUGGCAAUGCUUUCUAUGGAGUUGCAAAUCUCCUGAUCAACCGAGAAACCCUGUACAAGCAUGUAAACGGCGUUGUCUCCUUCGUUGCCGAGAACCCUGUCCGGGCCAUCGCUUCUCACACGCAAGUCUGGCUCUCAAGAUGGUAUAAAGAUAACUCCCUGGUCUUUGUGUCUCACACGCACGGGGUGUGGAACAACGUCGAUGCGCGUCGGAAACCGUCCAAGCGCUACGGACAGCUCAUCCAAUCACCACAGACGGGGCUUAGCGACAUGCUGCUGCACCACAAGGAGGAAGUCUUCAGGUGGCUUGAGGAGCGGGCGGAUGUGGAGGAAAGCGAGGAGGAAGUCAUGAAGAAUGUGAAGAGCCGCUCGCCGACCAAGGAGAAGCCCGUAUGA